GAGAAUCGUCUGCGUCACGGGAUAAUGGCUGAAGAUCGCGGAUAUUAGAAGGUACUUUUCUGCUUUUAUUUACUUUCUACUCUAUUAAAAUACUGCAUUCAUUUGAACCCUAAAUUGUGUUUGUCGACGCAGUUGUGCGCCUCGUCGUGAAAAAACCUCUGUCUAUUCUUCUGUGCCAACUUAUGCCGACAUCGCCGGUACAAACCGUCGAACCUUCGAAAUAAGAGCUCAGUGUUUUCCGCGCGUUUUACAACCACGUAAACAGUUAGCUUUAGCUUCACACAUUUACCCUUUCUUUUUAGGCUCUAAGCGAUCAUAAAAGCUGCUGCAGCGGGUUACACCCUACAUUAUAGAGGUACUAGUCUGAGUGCGACGGUAACAAUGUUUGGAGGUCAUUUUAGCUCCUGAACGGCUCUCCUGUUAGCAUUAGCACGACUCCGAGGCCUCCUCUGUGAGCAGGCGGGAGCUUUUAUUUUCCAAAACUGACUCUGCACCUGUCAAAGCUGCAAAAUCUGAGAGUUUAAUCUGCUCAUUAAUGUCUGUGAAGGUUAGCAGUCAGUGUUUGAGCUGUUUCACUGCCACACACUCUCUUUAAAGCCUAAUUUUCAUUCAUUAUUAUCUCCCACAGACUCAUCUACUGAGCCCAAGAGUUAAAUAAAGAGAAGGUGACUUACUGCUGAGCGUAAGUUUGUAUUUCUUUUAUUAUUUAUUAUUAUUUUUAACUUCUGCAAAGUAUUUUUAUACCUUAAUGUCAUAGUUUCUAUGUUUUAUCAAUUAAAUACGAUUUUAACGUCAUUAUUCUGUUUGUGUUUUCCAGCCUGAUACUGGAUUUCCACCUGGUGAGUAAUAAAAACACACACUUGUUAUUGGCUGCUGUUAAAUAAACCUGAUUAUCCCAGAACUGCAUGUUUGGAAAACCACUCAAACUUAAUAUUUAAUUGAGAAUAGUGAAAAUAACACAGAAUAUCUAAACCAAAUACAGUUUUUUUUCAAUUAGUCAAUCAAACUUUAUUUUUAAAGCACUUUUCCUACAGGAAUGCGACUCAAAGUGAUUUACAGUUUUGUUAAAAACAAGAACAAAAAAACUAUCCCAGAUGCCCCCUUACCCCCCACCUACACAAACACACGCCAACGCACCCGCACAUACACACAUUCAGAGGCUGAGUCCAGAUGAAUCAGUUGAGAAGGCGCCAUCAGAGGAGCCAUCAGCACCAGGAGCAGAGAGCCGCCCGCAGCCACAGGACGCCGUUACGGGGCCAGUGGAGGGAUGUGUCAGACAGCAACCUCCACCAGGAACCCCGUGGCCGGCCCCUGCAACCACAAGCGGCCACCACUCCUGCUCCUGGUGCCGAGGGCUCCCUCAGAGGAAACACUGGGGGUCCUAAAAAUGAUAAAAGGAUAAAAACAAGUAAAGACUAAAAUAUGAAUGAAACACAGACCUAAAAUAAACCAAGGCUAACUAGAAUAAAUGAAGAUAAAACAAAUAAAUAUCAAUUAAAAGCUAAAGUAAAAAGGUGGUUCUUGAGCCUGCUCUUAAAAACAUGAACGGCAGGCUGUUCCAUAGACGAGGGCAAUAAUAUUGAAAAGACGCCUCGUCAUGAGUGUGUGUCCUUACUUUUGGAAUGACUAGGAGCCUUAUCUGAAGAUGAGAAGGCCCAAGACCAUUAAGACUUUUAAUAACAAGUGCUGCUGAAUUUUGUGAUAAUUGUAAAAUGAAUUUCUUCACCUUCAUUUGAACCAAAUCUCACCUCUCCUCUCUUUUUCUGUUGUCCAGCUGCAAAGAUGUCUCAUGCCAACAGUCAUGGGAAGCUGCUCCUGCAGCGCUUACAUCAGCAGCGGGAGAUGGACUUCUUGUGCGACAUCACCAUCAUGGUGAGAGACGUGGAGUUCAGAGCCCACCGUAACAUCCUGGCUGCGUUCAGUAAAUACUUCUCUGCCAGAGCUGAGAAGGGUCAGGAGGUCACGACCUUAGACCCUGAUAAGGUCAGCCGCUACGCCCUGGAGAAGCUUCUGGAGUUCAUCUACACUGGACACAUGAACCUCAGCAGGUAAGGCUGAACCAUAUUUUGGUCUUUGGCUUUGUUGGAGUUUUUUCAACAUUUUUCAAACCAAAUCCUGUUUUCCUGUUUCAGUACGCGACAGGCAGCCGUGCGCCGAGCCGCUGUCUUCUUAGGGAUGCCUGAGGCCACAAAGUACCUGGAGGAAAUCACCCACUGGACUGAACCAAGCGAGACGUCCCAGUCCGAGGCAGAUAAAGAAGCUGGUCUCUCUCCUCCCAGUCCGGCUUCUCCAGGCAGCUCUCCAGUUCCUCUGUCCAUCGCCUCUGUGGCAGGGGGAGACUGGCAGGAGGGGGAGGAGGGAAAAGACAAGGAUGAUGAAGCCAUCGAUUUCUACGUGGAAGAGGGAGAGAGGAGCGACGAUGAGUACAGCCCGACCAUGCUGAAGAGCGUCGGAAGAGGACAGGGGAGGAAGAGAGGCAGGAAGCCAAAGAGUUUCAGUGGAGAGGAGGUGGAGGCCAGCAGCUCUGCCGACGGCACACCGAAGACGUCAGGCUACAGGGGGAGGGGGAGAGGAAGAGGGAGAGGCCGGGGUAGAGGGAGGGGCAGAGGGAGAGGGAGUUACAAAACUGAAGACCCGUUUAUGGAGGACUCAGAUACUAGUGUGAAGGAUUUCGGGGACACAUCAGCAGACUGGAGCCCCUCACAGGAGGAAGACGAAGACAAUCCAGCCAAGAAACCCAGACUGAGCGUCGGAACGGCGCGGAGAGGCCGAGGGAGGGGGCGGGGUAGAGGGAGAGGCAGGGGGCGCGGCAGGAGGAAGACAGUGGAAGACGAUGACGAGGACAGCGUUGAGGAGGGGACCGACAACAACGACGAGCUGGAGGAGGGAGAGGUCGGGGAGCGGUCAGAGAUGGACGACCUGUCGCUGUCGUGCACCGAGUGCAACAAACUGUUCAAAGACGCGAGCAGCCUGCGCAGACACGAGAAGAUCCACAAAGGGCUGAAACCGUUCGUCUGCAUCUUCUGCUCCAAAACCUUCAGACAGGCGACGCAGCUGAAAACACACCUGCGCAUACACACAGGUGAGCUGAGGUGGGAGCUGAAGUAGAUUAGCAACUUUGAGCUGUGGGAGAAAAAAUAAUGAUUUUAUCCCUGGAGUUUGGAGAAUUUGAGGAAAGUUUAUAGUCAGAUAUUCGGCAAACCAAGAAAAUCUUAUUGAGUUCUUCGAAUAUGGGGGAAAAUAAUGCAAAAAUAUCUUGAGAUUUUUUUCAGGAAUUGUAAAAAAGUUGAAUACCUCUAAACUGUAAGUGAAAAAAAAACACUUUCCCUUUCUGUCUCUGGUGUGUGUCAUAGGGGAGAAACCCUUCAGCUGCUCCGACUGUGACAAGUGUUUCGCUCAGAAGUGUCAGCUGGUCGCUCACCGCAGGAUGCACCACGGAGAGGAGAAGCCGUACACCUGCGAGCGCUGUGGUUUCAAGUUUGCCACCUCAUCCAACUACAAAAUACACAUCAGGUACUCACAACUCACACCACUGAUACUCCUCUGAAAGCAGAUGUGAGACACGUUAGGUUUGCUUUGGUUCUGGGCCCACCUGGAGUCAAAGAUGGACAUUUUAUCUCUUUGUUAGUUUUGUCUUACGUACAGAAAUCUGCAUCAUAAAGUGAGGGUUUCCUAUUUUACUUUUAGCUUUUUUUUUAAACCAAACUCUCUUGAAAUCAACGCAGAUUUAUCGGUCAUCAGAAAGUCAGACAAACUGAAAUAAUCUCUAGACUUUAAAAGUACAAACAAUUAAAACAGUGUUGAUAAGGGAGCUCUUUCUGGUCUUAAUUUAAGUGUUUCUGAUGUUUCGACAGAUUACACAGCGGAGAGAAGCCGUACGUGUGUGACGUCUGCGGUCAGGCGUUCGCUCAGUCCAGCACUCUGACCUAUCACAAGCGACGACACACCGGAGAGAAACCGUACCAGUGCGAUCUGUGCGGCAUGUCUUUCUCCGUCUCCUCUUCUCUCAUCGCUCACGCACGAAAACACACAGGUGAGAGUUUUAACAGCUUUUAUUAAACCAUUAAAAAAAAGAAGAGUGUCAGAGUUUCUUUGGUUUCCUUCCAAUCUGUUUGGACAGAUCGAGUCGUUGAGCAGCCAAACCUUGUCGGCUGGAGGCUCAGAGCAGCUGUUCUGUCACACCCCCUGAUAAACUGUUGUUCUGCUGUGUGAAUGUGUUUUAGGUGAGACUCCGUACAAAUGUCCGCAGUCAUCGUGCGACGCAAGUUUCGUGACGUCUUCAGAGCUGAAGAAACACAUAAGGAGACUUCAUCCGGGUGGGUUUUCCCUGAUCGGAGCCGAGCUGAACAUCUGCGAAUAUUCUGAUCAGGACUUAACAUGUGAAGAAGCCGCUCACGCCCUUCUGUCUCUUGUUUGUGUGCAGAGGGCAGCAACGGCGUGCAGUGUCUGCUGUGUGGAAACAGGUUUGCCAGCGUGAAGAACAUGAUCAAACAUCAGGAGAAAGCUCACGCCGACGAGGUGCGACAACACAAGGAGAGAGCCCGAGCAGGUGAGGCGUCAUGUGAUCUUUGAGUCAGUGUUGUGUGGAGUCGGGUGUGUCAGGUGUGAUAACUCUGUGUUCCUGUGCGUCAUCAGUGGUCCUCCUGGCCUCCAGUCAUCCCGUGGCGUUCGUCCAAAGCAAACUCUCCAAAGAAAACAAAAGUUUGGCGUCCAUCCCUGAAAGUGAACCCCCCAACCCAGAACCUGCGACCCCCAACCCCAAAGCCACCGAUCCAUCUGCAGCCGCCGCCUCCGAAGAUCCUGCGACCACUGAAACCAUCAUCCAGGACUUUAAGGCGGAGCCAGCUCACCCGCCAAUCACCACCACCGCCGACCAGGUGACCUUCGAGCCCGACCAGGAGCAGACCAUCAACUCAGACACACUCCACGCUCUGGUGGAGCAGCUGCGGCCGCCGCCCUCCCCCGCCCAGGGCCUGGAGCAGAUCGUCAUCAUCAGGACGGUGGAUAACCCCGAACACAACCCACCUCAGCAGUGAGCGACGACACGGAGGAGUCCCUCUGCUGGAGUGUUUUAACCUUCAGUCAGACACACCCACAUCCACGUGACAGAGACUCUGGUGGACAUUCAGUCAUCUUCAUAGGGAGGAUCCUGGUAGGUUACAGCUCUGGUAUGAAUUUUGUAGUUUCCUGCAAUAAUGAUUAAAAAAAACUCUGUCAGUGUAAAUAGAAAAUAAACACACAGGGUGAAAAAACAGAAGGAAAAAUAAUUCAUCGGUCAUUAUUGGUUUAAACUGAACCUGUCAUACUGACUGUGUCGGCCAUGUGUAAAGAUGGACGACAUGUCUCCUCCUUUGUAACAACAGUGAAGCCAAAAUACUCAGCAGGGGAGUGUUACAUCUCGACCCCUCUCUUAAUCAAAACAUGUUUUACUUGAAACCAACAAAAUCAUGACGUCACCAGAGUCCAUGUUUGAGAGGAAUCAAUUGUAAUUGGAUCAAUACCACAGCUGACCUGCAGGGGGAGCUUUAACUGUUUUGGCUUCACUUUGUUGGAGUUGUUGUCUUAAACAGUCUCUACAGAUAAGAACCAACAUUUCAAGAGAAUCGGUUCCAGUUUGACAUCUGAACGAAGCAGUUUAGAUCAUUUGGAUGAUUUUAAAUUUUUUUUUUUUUUACUUUAUAACCCUGAUGGUUUGUGUUUCCUGAAUCAUAGCGGUAUGUUUUCAUACUGUGGCUGAGUAUGACACUAUUAUCACUCAGAGUUUUCUUAGAAAAUUACAAAAAUAAGGCCUUUGUCACACAAACAUCUCAGAUUCUUCUUUUGUUGCCCCUCUGUCUCUUUUCUUUUUUAAAUUUUUGGUUUGUUUGAGUCAUAUCUGUCAAGAGAAUUCUGUUGGAAAGUUGGAAAAGAAAAUAAACAAGAUUUUAAGUCCCAGAAAACAAACGCAGGACGUAAAAAGAGGCAUUUAUACCAGGAGUUAUUAACCUGCCUCCUCUGUCGGGUGAAUAAUAGCUCAUUCAUAUUGAACAAAAAAGUAACUGCAGCUCAUGGCAUUAAUUUAAUAAUCAGUCAUGUCAACAGUGAGGAAAAUGUUUUUUUUUUUUUCAUUUUGUCCAAAAACUGUCUUUUUUUUUUACCCAUCACUAGUUUAAACUCACACUGUAAGAAGAAAAUCCCCUAACCUUAAUUUUUAUUUCUGAUAUGAUGUUGGUGCAAACCUGAAGAGGGAAAAAAACCUGGAUUAUAUAAACAUCAGUCUUCACCUAGAGCAAAGUGUUUGUCUUAUUUCUAAGUGUGAGUGAUGAGUCUGAUGUUGAAUCUGUUUCUCUUCAGUUUAUAGCUUUACCAAAACACCUGAGACCAACAAUAUCAGCAGUUUUGUUUUCAUGUGUCUGGAGUCACUUUUCUGUUGUUGAAGGAAUACUCAGUGUAAAGAAACUUUAUCACACCUGAAUGUUUAAAAGUAUUUAGUUAAGAGGCCAGGACAUUCUUUGUAAUAGGUUAUAUAGUUAAUACUAGCAUUACUAACGUGCAAAGAGACGUGACUAUUUAUCAGAAAUGCUCCCCCCUUUAGUGUUCGACCUGUGAUGGUGGUUUGAUUCGUGGAAAUAAAACCCUGUUCAUGCAAAACAAGAUUUCUAUCAAGUGUAAUAUAGUUUUUUUUUCUCCUUUUAAAGCAGCUGUUUUAGCAGACGUACGUGUGCAACAAGUUAGAAAACUGCAUUUUACACAGUAUUUCUGUUAACUUGUAAGUAGCUGGGUUUUUUUUCAGGUGUUUAUUUCAGUUUUUAUUUUUUGGAUGAAGUCUCUGCAUUCAUGUACAGAAAUGUGAAUUACAUACAUGCUCACUACUGUGUAAAAACUGUACAAGAAAAUAAAAAAUGAAGACAUAACAGGCCAAA